AGCGCGCGAGUCCACGUUUCUUCUCCUCCCACCCAGCGGGAGCACGCGCGCGUCGUGAUGUUCUCGCGGAUGCGGGGAACCACACACACACACACACACACACACACACAAGCACAGAACGCGCGCGCGAACCCGGGGGUCACCUUCUGUAGCGUCUCUGCGACGGAGAGGAGCCGCGCGCGCUUCCGACCUCACAGCGGAGAAAACACCAAUUAAUCGCGCUUGAGGAAGUUCUCUCUGCUGCAGUCGUCUCGGUUCUCCAGCCAGCUUCGCUCCGUCCACAGACAUGUCCAGCUCCUACGAUGAGUCCUCCGCCGCCGACGAGGCCAUGGACAGUUUUUGGGAGGUGGGGAACUACAAACGUGCCGUAAAGAGAAUUGACGAUGGCCAUCGACUCUGCAAUGAUCUCAUGAACUGUCUUCAGGAACGUUCCAAGAUCGAGAAGGCCUACAGUCAGCAGCUCACUGAGUGGUCCAAGAGAUGGAGACAGCUGAUCGAGAAAGGGCCUCAGUAUGGUUCUGUGGAACGAGCCUGGCUGGCUGUGAUGACGGAGGCGGAUAAAGUGAGUGAGCUUCAUCAGGAGGUGAAGAACGGCCUGCUGAACGAGGACGUAGAGAAGGUGAAGAACUGGCAGAAAGACGCCUACCAUAAACAAAUGAUAGGCGGCUUCAAGGAGGCCAAAGAGGCAGAAGAAGGUUUCAAGAAAGCCCAGAAACCAUGGGCCAAGAAACUCAAAGAGAUGGAAACAGCUAAGAAGACGUACCACAUGGCCUGUAAGGAGGAGAAACUGGCAGCGUCUCGCGAGGCCAACAGCAAGGCCGAGGCGUCCGUCACUCCGGACCAGCAGAAGAAACUGCACGAGAAAACGGAGAAGUGCAAACAGGACGUGCAGAAGGCGAAGGAGAAGUAUGAGAAGUCUCUGGAUGAGUUGGGGAAAUGUCAGCCGCAGUACAUCGAGAGCAUGGAGCAGGUUUUUGAUCAGUGCCAGCAGCACGAGGUGAAGAGACUCAACUUCCUCAAAGAGGUUCUCCUGGACAUCAAACGCCACCUCAACCUCACCGAGAACCAAAGUUAUGCGACAGUUUACCGCGAGCUGGAGCGCAGCAUCCUCGCCAUCAGCUCACAGGAGGAUCUGAAGUGGUUCAGCAACAACCACGGCCCCUGCAUGCACAUGAACUGGCCCCAGUUCGAGGAGUACAAUCCAGACGCCACUAACGCCGUGGCCAAGCGGGAGAAGAAGAAGCCGGACGGAGCUGCUCCUGCCACGCCCAGUACGGAGCACGGGGGACAGCCAGAAGACCCCGGCAGCGUGAGCAGCUACGAUAAGAACCAGGCGUACUCUACGGAGUGGUCCGAUGACGAACAGGCGGCCGGUUAUUCAGGAAAUGAGACUAACGGGGGCGGGAACUCGUUCGAGGACGACUCUUGCAGAGGAGGCGUGAGAGUGCGAGCGCUGUACGAUUACGAUGGACAGGAACAAGAUGAGCUCAGCUUCAAAGCAGGAGACGAACUGAUGAAGAUCGAGGAGGAGGACGAUCAGGGCUGGUGUAGGGGACGUCUGGAUAGCGGACAGACGGGACUGUACCCCGCCAACUACGUGGAGGAAAUCUAAUGAUGGAGGAAGACAUAACGCUGCGAUAUAACGGCCCAGCGCAGAGCCAGAGACUUCAGAGCGACACACACACACACACACGCGCGCACACACACACUUCCCCAACAAAAUAUGCUAAGCAGUCGCAUCUAAAAACAAACAAAAAUAAUGUCUUAGUAAAGCUUAAACAUUUAUUCACACAGUAUAUAAGCCUGCGGUGUGUGAGGGAGGGAGGAGCAUAUAUGUUACAUCCAGAAGCAUUUACUGCUAUAAUAUAUAUCAAUAUUACACACACACACACACACACACACACACACAUACAACCAUAUGCAAGUUCAGGGAAACAUAUUGAAGUGUGUUUGAUAUGAAAACUGUGCGGCUCGCUGCUUCAUGUCCGUCAUAUCGAUAAAAUCAAUACAUUUUUGAGGAAAAUCUUUAUGUAGCAACGUCACCGUGUGUGUGUGUGUGUGUGGCAGCAUAUGUACAUGUCCAUGUUCUUGCAGUCAUGUUGAGAAAACAGGAAUACACACACACACGCGCGCACACACACACACACACACACACACAGAGCAUGUACAUGCCAUUAUUCCUGUUUUCUACCAUCCAUUUUUAUGCUACAGCAAUCACACAGCCAUGCAUACAGCAAGAUGCUCCACUCAUGACAUUUCAUUAUUAUUAUUAUUAUUAUUAUUAUUAUUAUUAUUAUUAUUAUCAUUACUGGGUGCAGUUCUCAGAGUGGCCACAGGCUGACGGGGGGCAGUGUUGAGACACUCAGUUCUCAGUCCUCAGACACAGGAAGUGGAGAAACCUGACACGUGGAAUGAUCUGUCUCUCACUCGUGUCUCUCUCACUCUUGUCUGCUGUUCUGCAUUUGAUCACUUUAUCGCUCUUCUCAUGUCCAACAUCUGGUUGUUGUGUCUUCACAGACGGUUUAUCUGCUCAGUGAGCUCUCGGAGAACUCUGAGGGAAUGUCGUGUGAACACUUGACCUCAUCUACAAGCCCGAGUUUAAUGUGUUGCGUCAGUCCCCUUCACGUCUUAUCUUAUUCGAUCUCAUAAUGACGUGAACUACGUGCAGUUAUUUAUCCACACACAUCAUUCAUCAGCCAUCAUCCAGCUAACAGAAAUAUAUUUACUUCUUCCUGUAAAGCCCUGCUGCUUCGUGCUGAAGAUCUCAGAGGCGUUUAUAACACUAAUGUGAACAGCUACGCUAAAACAGCUUGAACUUUAUAUCUGUGAUCAUUAUAUCAGGAUUAUUUCAGCUCGGAAAUGAGCUUUAAAUAUAAACUGCAAAGUGAUAAGAGGAGAAAUUCUCUGCGUUCAUGACCGAGACGUGGAGACCGAGAGACGAGUCUUACUCAAGACGAUUCAAAUCACAACCGUAAAAGAUACAGAUAUAAAACUGUAAUAUGUAGUAAACAUAUAAAUAUAUUCUUAUAACUCUAUAAUGUGUAAAAAUAUAUAUAUAUUACUGACACAGUUGUAAAGCAACUUAAGUAAAUUAAAAAACAAUUAAGUAAAAAUGUUCAUAAUUCUUCAAGAAAGAUGAAGUUUCCCAACAGCUCCAGAUUUUAUCCGAGAUUGAAAUCCAAAUCUCAAGAAAUAGUGUUUUUAUUAUUUAUUUAUUUCCGAAGUGCUUUUUUUUUAAAAAAAAAACAAGAACAGGUGAACAUUUGAUUCAGUUUGAGUCUCACACAAAUGCAGCAGUUCUGCCUGAUAAAACAUUUAUAAAAUGUUUGUAAAAUGCUUAUUAAUGUG